AUAUGAGCCCCGGCAGGCGCUGACUCGGCCCUUUCCGCCCCGCUCCCGCCCCGCGCCCGGGUCGCUGCGCUGAGACCCCGCGCCCCCGCCGCCGCCAUGAUCAUCUACCGGGACUGCAUCAGCCAGGAUGAGAUGUUCUCGGACAUCUACAAGAUCCGGGAGGUGGCGGACGGCCUGUGCCUGGAAGUGGAGGGGAAGAUGGUCACCAGGACAGAGGGUCAAAUUGAUGACUCUCUAAUUGGUGGCAAUGCCUCUGCUGAAGGUCCUGAGGGAGAUGGAACAGAAGCCACGGUCAUAACUGGUGUUGACAUAGUAAUUAAUCAUCACCUUCAGGAGACCAGCUUCACAAAAGAAUCCUACAAGAAGUACAUUAAGGAUUACAUGAAAGCAAUCAAAGCCAGACUUGAGGAACACAAGCCAGAGAGAGUAAAGCCUUUCAUGACUGGGGCUGCAGAACAAAUCAAACACAUCCUUGCCAACUUCAAAAACUACCAGUUCUUUGUAGGGGAGAACAUGAAUCCAGAUGGAAUGGUGGCUCUCCUGGAUUUCCGUGAGGACGGUGUGACCCCAUAUAUGAUUUUCUUUAAGGAUGGCUUAGAAAUCGAGAAAUGUUAACAAAUCAAACAGUAUGGUUUUGGAUCACUUGUCUUCAUAGCUGGCUGCUGUUUCUUCUUCAUCGGCACAACACCAGGAAUCAGCAAUGUCUAACUGGACUGAUGUCAUCUUGAGCUUUAUUCACUUAUUUUGACCCUGAUUUGGAGUGGAGGCAUUGUUUAAAAAAUGAAAAAACAUCUAUCAUGUAGGUUGUCUAAAAUAAAACUCAUUUAAACCCA